AUGAAAAAGUCCGAGUCUCGAAUCUCCAAGACCCGUCGGCUGGAGCCCGCGGCUCUUCCACUGGGAAUCAAGGGGCAGAGCAGCAGGCAGCAUCGCCUCCGUCCUGCAGUGACCGCAAUUCCCCAGUGCUGGGCGCGUGGCUCUCCUGGGGCUUUGGGAGCGCGCAGGACGCUUGCCAGCCGCGUCCUUCCAGGCCCGCUGCGGCUCCCCUCCGUCUUUCCUCCCCACAGCGGGAACUCAGAGCUCCUACAGAUGGAAGAAUCCAGCCGCGGGGAAGGGCUGCGUCCGGAUACUCAGCAGCUCAUCCUCCUCCCCCUUCCGGGGCAGUCCCUUCCCCCACCGCCCCCCGUCCUGCCCGUCUUCCUGCUCCUCCUCCCACAACCCCGGGAAGAGGGCGCAGGUGUGUUGGGGGUGCUGCACGUGUACGUCAAAACUUCCUGCCUGCGUUGGGACUUCACUGGCGAUUACUACUCAGAGAUCCAUUCCACGUUGACGUCCCAGUCUCCACUCCACCCCCACCCCCGUCUCAUUUCGCCGGCAGGCCACGGAGACGCACUGUGCCCAACAGGCCCAGCUCUCCGAGAUCACUCGCUAGGACAAUGGCUGAGCAGGCGGUUUGGGCGGGCCUGGCUGCCUCGGGGGCGGACUGCGGGAUCCCCUGGGCUCCUGCCGCGAGAACAAGCUCGAGGCACCCUGAGAAGAAACCCUGGCAAAGGCGCCAGCCCAUCCCCUCCCCCUAGGUCCCUGAAAGGGCUCUACUCAGUCGCUACCCCGACCUGGACUGGUGCGAAGAAGUGGUGCGGACUCCCUUCUGCCCGGGUGCACUGCGUGGAGAGGAAACAACUCGGUGUGUCCGAGCUAAAUGGAAAGGACCCAUUUUAUCCCCACAUUGUCACGCUCCUACAACGAGCGAGAUGGGCUUGGAUCUUGGGAGCACCCCGCCUCUUGACCCAAGGCCCCCAGGUCUCCAUCUGAGUAACAGUAAUGGGAUCAAUCCAUGUACUUUAACUUCAACUCUAAUCUAUGAACUCGUUCGUCUAGUAAACACACUCACACCAUACGUAAAAUAGCAUUUAUUUAUUUCUUUAUAUCAGGGCUUGGCAGAAAA